AUGUCCGAGAUUGCGGCCCUGACCUUGCCUGGACCAUAUCAGGACCAGGUGCUGUCGGCCGCCUCAGACAGCGGCCUCACGUCCCUUGCACAAUUGGCGGCUUUCCGCCUUGAUUGCAGGCGCGCCCUGAUCUCCUUGUACGACCGGAACUUCCAGUACAUUGUGGCCGAGGCGACUCAAUCACUCCCUUUAGAGCCUGGCAUCCUCCAUCCGGAUCUGUGGCUUUGUGGCACAGGGAUCCCUCGGUCGCAUGGCAUCUGUGAACAUGUGCUCAUCGCACCGCAGGGCGAGACUUUGCCCGUUUCUGUCGUGCCAGAUCUUGCCGAAGACAACCGUUUCUGUCAGCGCUCUUACAUCCAUAAUGCGCCAUUCAACCGUUUCUAUGCUGGAGUCCCCAUCCGCUCGUACAAAGGCAUCAACAUUGGUGUGCUCUGUGUUUUCGACGACAAACCCCACAGCGGACUGGACGACGUUUCCAAGCAAUAUUUGCGAGACCUCUCUGGAAACAUCAUGUCCUAUCUCGAAGCUAGGCGCGUCCGCGACGCCGCCUCCCGCCACGAGAAGAUGGUGCGGGGCCUCGGCAGUUUCGUGGAAGGUCCGUCGCACUUCUCCGAGGUGAAGCAGGUCUUUGCCAAGGCUGCCAACAUCAUACGUGAAUCCAUCGACGUUGACGGUGUUGUUUUCCUUGACGCGAGCAUCCGGUCAUUUGGUGGUCUGGUUGACUUCAAUGGUAUCGCUGCCGAGGGUCCUCUUGAUUCCCUGUCGUCUGCAUCGAGCGGCGAUGAAGCCAUGGCCAACACAGGCAUAUCCGGCGAGCGUUUGUACGGAAGUCCGUUCUGCAGUGUCCUGGGCUUCUCGACCAACAACUCCUCGAGUCUGAACCACGACAGCCCUGAUCCCGGCUACGCAUUUGUGAAGGAGAAGUUCCUCCGUGCCCUACUUCGCCGUUUUCCGAAAGGCCACAUCAUGAACUUCGACUCUGAUGGCCUUGUGCUCCCAGGCGAUAGCUCAUCGUCAGAAGAUGACACAGCACCGGCCGCGGCUUCAAAUGUGAAGACGGUCUCAGAAUCGUCGGGACAUAGCACCAGAAGUCGAGGGCGGACCCACCAAAACUGGGCUGCGCAGGCGAGUUUGCUGUUGAAGAUUUUCCCCGGCAUUCGCAGUCUGGCAGUCCUGCCCGUGUGGGACGCUUCGCGAGAGCGCUGGUACGCAGGCGGUUUUGUCUACACCACUUCCUCGUCGCGGAUUUUCACCUCAGAGGUUGAGCUGGGCUUUUUGAGGACGUUUGGAAAGGCCAUCCAAACCGAGCUUAUCCAGGUCGAGACAACAUUCAGCGAGAAAGCUAAGUCGGAUGCCCUUGGUAGCCUGAGUCACGAACUGCGCAGCCCUCUGCAUGGCUUGUUGGGGGCCUGCGAGCUGUUACAUGAUACGCGCAUGUCAGCCUUCCAAAGGGACAUGGUCCGCAUGGCGGAGACUAGUGGACGAACGCUGCUGGAUGUGAUUGAUCAUCUACUGGACUACAGCAAGAUGUCCUCCAUUCGCGGAAUCUCUGACCAGUCCCCAUCGUCUUCGAGAAAAUCUGCGAGCCUCGGGGGUUUUGACGCGAAGAGCCAGCAUCUCACUCCAAUUGACGUGGAUCUCAUUGUCGAAGAGGUAGUUGAUAGUGUUUACACUGGACACAACUUCCAGAAAGUUGUGACCGCGGACAUCUCGAAGCAGCAAUCACAGACCUCGUUAAGCUCUGCAACACAGAGUCCACAUUCUGCAGAAUACUCGGCACAUCUGCGGGCAGCAGGCAGCUCCAUUGAGAAUGGACAGGUCUCCGUGUACCUGGAUAUCGACCAUGGUCACUCGUGGCAGAUGUCUGCUUAUCCCGGAGCAAUCCGGCGCAUCGUCAUGAACUUACUUGGCAACUCUCUCAAAUUCACAGCGGACGGAUUCAUCUUUGUAAGCCUCAAACAGGAAGCACCCACGAAAUCGAAGCGCGGGGCGGAUGUUGUGAUCACCAUUAUCGAUUCCGGCCGUGGUAUCUCUGAAGACUUUUUGCAGCACCAGCUCUUCAAGCCAUUCUCUCAGGAAGACAAACUCUCUCCGGGUACCGGCCUUGGGCUGAACGUAGUCAAACAGAUCGUCAACAUGCUACAAGGCCACAUCACGGUAGUCAGUCAGCCCGGACUCGGGACGAAAACUGUGGUUACCAUCCCCUUGGCAUAUACGACCGAGCCAACGCCGUCCGCUAGUCUAUUCUCGUCUAAAGUGGAAGUGCUCAAGAACCAGAGCGUCCAUUUGAUGGGAUUUGAGAACGUAUUGCACACACACUUUCUUUCCUCGAGGCGGAUGGACGAACGCACUUUGUUGGCCCGCUUGUGCCGAGACUGGUUCGGCAUGACUCUGACCAAAGGCCCAAGCUGGGAGGCAGGGUCGACCCUUGGCAUUCUUAUCGCUGACGAAUCCUGCCUGGAGGAGAUUGAGCUCCUACAGUCGCGGGGCCAGGCAGUAUGUCCAGUGGUUGUAGUAUGCCACAGCUCGGUCACGGCGCAUGAUCUAUCUACCAAUGCGAAGAGACUAUCACAAGGAUCCAGCCUCCACUUCAUCACACAACCAAUUGGCCCAAGAAAACUUGCGGAGGCAAUGAUAUUUAGCAUUGAGCAGUACAAGCAGAACGCUCAAGCCCUCGAAGCUGUGGCACAACAAGAUGUAUUGACGGCGGACUCCGUCUGUGAGGCUGCCAGCUCGGUGUUGCCAGAUGUCUCCACCAGUUCGGACAUUGUGCGCGACGCGGAGAGUGCUACACAAGGUCCAUCGCCACCAACAGAUGUUUCUGCGUCGCCAUCAGGGUUCUCCGACCAGGCAACACCGGUUUCUAUGCCCUCCCUGGCACUCGCAUCAUCAGAAAAGUUGGUCAGUGAGGCCACUCUCGCCUUGGCCACCAAAGACCUAGUCACCAAGCUUCAGAAAGUGGAGGUGUUCCCAGCAGAAUCAGUAUCGCCGACAACGGAAGCCCUGCGCGCAGAGAUGAGGUUUCUUGUGGUUGACGACAACAAGAUCAAUGUGCAGAUCCUGAGCAGCUUCUUGAAGAAGCUCAAGAAGGUGCACAGCACUGCCAUGGAUGGUCUUGAGGCGCUCGAAGCAUACAAGACGUCCCCGGGCCACUUUGAUUAUGUUUUUAUGGAUAUCUCCAUGCCACGCAUGGACGGGCUCGAAGCCACGCGGCGGAUACGCAUGUUCGAGCGCGAGCAAAAGUUUCCACGACCGGCGAAGAUCAUUGCCCUGACAGGGCUUGUCUCCGAAGACAUGCAGAAGGAGGCAUUCGCAAGUGGCAUCGACUUGUUCCUGACCAAGCCAGUCAAACUUCAGCAGCUGAAAGACCUCAUCGCUCAAGAUGGGCGGAAUGGAGGAAAUUGAGAGAAACCCGACUGGAUCGCCACGGAUUGGCAGCAUUUUAACAUCGCAUACAUGUCGUGGGAGAUGACAUGAUGAACCACGACUUGGUCUUUUUAUUUAUUUCUCUCUCAUACCCACGCACUCAGGGUGUUCUCAAGUGUUUCAGCGAGGCGUUUUUGGAGUUCGGUAUGAAAGGGAAAGCAAGAGUGUGUAACAUUGGAGCAUGGCAGUACAUCAUAUCAUACCAUCUGGGAGGAGGGCGCAUUGCAAUAUCGUGUAAAAACAACUUUCCCAAGGGGGUUAGCAGGGACAAAUCGUGGAGCGGCAGCGAACACAUGUUAUGCCGCGCAGAUGAGCAAAUCGCCUUCAACUAGGAGCAGAAAGGAGAACACGCAGGUCAUCACAAGACUUCUGAGAAAUAUUCUUCACAGACGGACAGCCGGGGACACCCUGCGUGAUGACACCAGCUUCG